UAUCUGAAUGCCGUACUUCCUGGUUAGGCGUGUGUUUUGUUGUUGUUGCAUUAGCUGGCUAGCUUAUUUUAAGUAAACGGUCAUCAGUAGUUACCUCAGCCACAAAGUCAGAAACCCCGCCUAUUUCUACAAUUUAUAUUCUUAAAAUUAGAUUUUAAAACCCUACUUUAACCCCACUGCUAACCCUGACCUUAAAUUAACACCAAAAAAAGCACCAACAAUAUAAUAAUCAUGAAUAUUUACUAUAUAGAACAAUUUCGACAUUGUGGGUGUGGUAACCGAAGUAAACUAGCUAGCAUGCAAAGUCAUCAGAUGUUUAGUUAGUCAACCGAUCCACAAACUAUUGGAAUGUACGCAAUGUUCUUCUGAGAAAUAGACUUGUUGACAAGUCAAUUCAAUAGCUUCACAGAGUGGCGGGGAUGUUGAAUCAAAAUGGGAAACAUUUUCACCAGAAAGAGACGCACACGAAUCACAGAGCAGGACAGGGCAGUUUUGCAACUGAAACAGCAGAGAGAUAAGUUAAAGCAGUAUCAGAAGAGAAUCACCCUGCAGCUGGAGAAGGAGAGGAAUCUAGCCAAGCAGCUGCUGAAAGAUGGCAAGAAAGAGAAGGCCCUCCUCUUGCUCAAAAAGAAGAGAUACCAGGACCAGCUCCUGGACAAGACAGAGAACCAGAUAAGUAACCUGGAGCGAAUGUGUCAAGACAUUGAGUUUGCCCAGAUUGAGAUGAAGGUCGUUGAAGGCCUUAAAGUUGGAAACGACUGUCUGAAGUCAUUGCAUGAGGCGAUGUCCAUCGAGGAUGUGGAGAGAAUUAUGGAUGAGACCCAAGAAGGCAUUGAAUACCAGAGGGAAAUAGAUGAGAUGCUGGCAGGUUCCCUGACACAGGAGGAUGAAGAUGCUGUACUGGCUGAACUGGAGGCCAUCACUCAGGGAGAGCUUGACCUACCCGAGGUACCUGAUGAGUCCCUGCCAGACGUCCCAGAGGCAGCUGAUGAAGAACCAGAGCCAGGUCAAGAGAGGGAGAGGCCAAGGAAGAAGCAGGAACGAGGGAUGUUGGCUGUCUAGGGGCCUGUCUGUUCGCCAGGUGACUCUGUGGGUCUUGGUACACCGGCCACUAUAUCCCCCUCAUAGGGGUCUUAUGCCCCCCCCCCACACACACAAAACCACAAAAAGAUUAUCUUCACCAUCUCUUCCAGUCCCUCGCCUCCAAUACUGAACUUCAUGGUGCCCUGCUAAGCCUUGGCUUUGUGAGCCCCAAUACCGCUUUAUAAUCCUCUUCUGGAUUCAACCACCCCAUCACUCCAACCAGGGUCAUGGACUUUAUUUUUCACAUCAUUGCCUACAGGUUCUCCCAUUUUUUUUGUUCAUGGGGCCUAUUUAGACACAUUAAUGAAGAAAUUAGUGGUUUGAUUUAGAUAAUAUUGUGCCUAUUGCCUAAGUCCCGUGACGGGUAUGUUUUUUAAAAAUCUUCUGUGAACGAACAAAUGAUGUAAUUAACAGACAAAUUAAUGCAUGUGUCUCUUUUUUUUCUUAGUAGGCCUGAGCCUACUAGGCCUACUAUCUGACCACAGAGCGCAUUCUCUUUGGGAGGAAUAGACAGGCAGACUGUCUUUCAAAAUCAUUACUGUCUGGAUGGUUUUCAGAAUCUUGCCUUGUCUUAGUUAAGAAUGUCUUGAUUGCUGCCAAACUGUCAAUAAUGGAUAUGGCUUUGGUUUCAACUUGUUGAUUGGGGACUAAAAAUCCUUAUAAUAGUACUGAUGUCCUAGCUAUCCAGUGACUGUUGUGGUAUCAUAUUGGGUCUGUUUCACUAUGAGGUGUGAUUUUGGGUUAUCUGUCUGGAUCUGUAAUAUGUUACUGGCAUAUCAUAUCAUGAUAUUGGGUUGGUAUCUGUCUGGAUCAGUAAUAUAUUACUGGCAUAUCAUAUCAUGAUAUUGGGUUGGUAUCUGUCUGGAUCAGUAAUAUAUUACUGGCAUAUCAUAUCAUGAUAUUGGGUUGGUAUCUGUCUGGAUCAGUAAUAUAUUACUGGCAUAUCAUAUCAUGAUAUUGGGUUGGUAUCUGUCUGGAUCAGUAAUAUAUUACUGGCAUAUCAUAUCAUGAUAUUGGGUUGGUAUCUGUCUGGAUCAGUAAUAUAUUACUGGCAUAUCAUAUCAUGAUAUUGGGUUGGUAUCUGUCUGGAUCAGUAAUAUAUUACUGGCAUAUCAUAUCAUGAUAUUGGGUUGGUAUCUGUCUGGAUCUGUAAUAUAUUACUAUCAUAUCUCGUAGCGCAUUAGGUAUUUAUCUGAAAUGGAGGGCCUACAUAUAAAAGAUAAGCACUAGCCAUAUUUAAUAGAAUAUGUAAGUGGCUUAUGAACCACUUAUGUAUAGUGUAAAGUAAGUCUCUCUGAGACAGUGACACUCUUGAUAAUGACCGUGGUGACCAUUUCCCAGUGGUAUCAUAUUACAGACCUGUGGCGUGUCUAUACGAAAUGUACCAUGUUGUAAUUCUGGAACAAUACAAACAAUUUUUUUAAAGGUGCUGUUUGACCAGCGUGUUGUUAUUAACAACCACUAGGUGGCAGCAAAUAGCACUUUAUGAUUUUACCUGUUCAUAAGCAAUACCUUUGCAUACAUUGGUUAGUAAACGUAUUGUGUGGAUUCGGAUGCUGUUUCAAAUCAAAAUGUUAUUUGUGACAUGCGCCCAGGUAUUGAUUACAGUGAAACACAACAGGUAUUGAUUACAGUGAAACACUUAAGUGUUUAAAAAAUGUACACAAAAAUAAAUUGUAAAUGUUUUGUGCAACUAUAUGGGACAGUGAAAAGAACUACUUAGCUAUAAUGAGGGGAAACAUAUAAGACUGUAUGUUAUUCAUUAGCAUUUGAGUCAUUUAGCAGACGCUCUACUCCAGAGCGAUCUACAAUUAAUGCAUUCGUCUUAAGUUAUCUAGGUGAGACGACCACACAUUACAAUCGUAGUAGGUACUUUUUUACCACAAAAUAAAGUAGUUAUCAGAAAAGUU